AUGAAGUCAACCGCGCUCUUAACUCCGAUGGCCUUGAUCAUGGCCAUGAUGGUCCAAGAUGCUUCUGCCCACGGCCGUCUGCUGGUGCCUCCGCACCGCGGCUACAUUGGCAAACUGCCGCAAUUCAGUGACUUUUCCGGCUUGGCCAACAUUUUGCCCGAGGAAUUGUUUCUUCAAAUCUUCCCACAAGCCCUCCCCAUCUACAAGUACGAAAACCUCGUGGCCAUCGCUGACAAGUACCCCGAAUUCGCCAACACUGGCAAUGCCGACGUCGACCGCCGCGAAGUUGCCGCCUUCCUCGGCCAAAUAUCGCUCGAGUCUGGCGAUCUUCGCUACGUUGAGGAGAUCAACAAGUCCACCAUGUGCCAGCAGUCGGCCGAGUACCCGUGUGCGGCUGGCAAGCAGUACUUUGGUCGUGGCCCGAUCCAGUUGUCGUGGAACUACAACUACAAGAACUUUGGCAAGGCUGUCAACUUGGACUUGGUCGCGAGCCCUGAGCUGGUCGCCACAGACUACGACUUGGUGUGGUGGAGUGCGUUGUGGUACUGGAACGAUGAAAGGUGGAACGGCAACAUCCACAAGGUGGUGGGGCACCCCGGUGGCUUUGCCAAGGCUACUAAUAUCAUCAACGGCGGCUUGGAAUGCGGCGUGAACCCUCGCAACCGCGACUCGGAAAAGAGCCGCAUUGCCAGUUUCAAGAAGUUCUGCGACCUCUUGGGGGUAGCUCCCGGGGACAACUUGUCGUGCCAAACCGCUGAUUUCCCCCCCAAGGCGCUUUAG